AACACGUCUCACGAGCUUCCUGCGUGUGUUUUAGUGAGGAUCAUGGCUACCCACAGUAACAACUUCAUCCGCGUGCGUUUAAUCUUUGAUUUCCCGCCUCCUGCCGUGGUGGACUGCCGGAUGUGCUGGCUGCUCGUGGACCUGAACAGGUGUCGCGUGGUGUCCGACCUGGAGAGUCUGAUCAGGGAGAAGUUUGAGUUCAGCAGGAGGAGCAUCCUCAGCCUCUUCAUCGAUGACUGCUACCUGCCGCACACCGAGAGCGUGUACGUGGUCCGGGACAACGACAGCGUCAGGGUGAAGGUGGACCGGCUGGUUGUGGUUAACGGACACGGCACCUCUCCAAUCAAAGAGAGUGAAACCUGCAGGAAGAGACAACGACCUGCAGAGGAGGACGGAGCAGGAGAACACCCGAAAAAGAAAAAGAAGAAAAAAAGAAGCGAAGGAAGCCAGGAGAGGGAUGCGAAGCAAGUGGAUGAGGAUAUAAAGACAAAAGAGAAGCAAAAAGAGAAGAAGAAAAGAAAAGAGGCAGAAGAAAACAGUCCAAAAGCUGCUGCUCCGACUAAAAAGACCCCAACGAGUGUAGAGCAGCCAGCUAAAAACACCAAGAAGCCCCCAGCAAAACCUCAGAAAGCCUCUUCUUCAGACUCUAGCAGCAGCAGUGAGGAGGAUGAAGCUCCUAAAAAGCCAGCACCCCAAAAACCAUCUCCCAAAGCCACCACUUCUUCUCCUGCUGCCUCCAAAGUGCCUCAAAACACGAAGAAAAAACCUGCGCCCCCUUCGUCUUCAUCAGAAACCUCCUCAGAUGAAGACGACAGUGUGACACCUAAAAAUAAACUUCCAACCUCCACAGCUUCUAAAAAUCUGAAUGCUAAAUCUCAGCAGUCCACGAACUCUGCACAGAAACUGCCUACAUGUGCAGCGCUGCCCCCUAGUGACAGAACAGCACAGUCCUCCAGCUCAGAGAGCGAAGAGGAGAUUCAGCUGGUUAUCAAACGGCCAAUUCAGCCCGCUCAGCAGCUGGGCCGCGGGACGGCAAAUCAGCCACCCUGGAGAGGCCGUGGGCGGGGUAAAACGAGAGGCGGUGGUCCUGUAGGGAGGGGGAGGGGUGAAGGAAGAGGGCACAACAACAGCUUCGAGUAUAGCGGAGCUAAUGAGCCGUCCUACCAGACCGACUCACUCACCAACAAGUCAGUCGUCAUACAGAACGGAGCAGAGAGUGUUCCCAAACCAGACUACAGCUCCAUGCCUCUGCUGGCUGCACCUCCACAGGCGGGACAGAAGAUCGCCUUUAAGCUGCUGGAGCUGACAGAGAACUACACACCUGAGGUCUCUGAGUAUAAGGAGGGAAAGAUCGUGAACUUUGACCCAAUGACCAAACAGGUGGAACUGGAGCUUCUUCAUACCUGUCAAACUCCUGUAGAGCCUGGGAAGUUUGACCUGGUUUACCAGAACCCUGAUGGUUCAGAGAGGGUGGAGUACGCCGUGUCACGAGACUCACGGGUGACGGAGCGAUGGGAUUCUCUGCUGGAGCCUCGAUUGAUCCUUUAAAUCUCCCCAUCAGAAAGCGAUCAGGGAUCUGGACUGAAAGAUUUCUUUUAAAAGUGAAUGACUGGAGCGUCUCUGCUCUCUGGAUCUUAAUGGUUUUAUGUUUUUUUUACAUGAUGCUACUGUGAAUAUUGGUGGUAUAAACUGUUUUUUUCUAAUAAAAUGCUGAAAGGA